AAUACCAAAUUGGAGUUCAGUUAGAUAUUAAUCAUAAGCUUCAAAAGAAUUGAAGCGGCCUGUAGAUUUGUGAGUAAAGACAGAACAUAACAAUUUGCAGAAUCUGUGAUGCUCUGUUAUGUUACGAUCCAAAUUCAGGUAUAAUGAUAAAGGCUAACUUCUGACAAGCAGAGCGGAGCUCAGGCCGUCGCCGGUAGGCUUGGGCUGGAGCAGAGCGAAGUUAGCCCAUGUGGGCCCCUUUCAGUGACGCCCGCCUGGGGGAUGAACAACAGUGCUGUGCAUUCGUUGAAUUACUUGAAGCAAUUUCCAACCCCACUGAUUUCCAUCAUAGCAAAAUUUGUAUCUUUUGUUUCUGGUGGUUUGGCUGGUGCUCUUAUAAUUAUGGGAUUUCUGGGUGAAUCCAUCCUUGAGGGUCAUAUUUUCGGAAGGAAUCUAUUCUGGGAUACUAUUGUUUUUGGAACAAUAGCAGCUAUAAGUCGAAAAGUAGUGGCUGAUGAACUUCAAGCGAUUGACCCAGAAGGGGCUAUGUGCCUCGUUGUCCAGCAAACCCAUUACAUGCCGAAGCGGCGGCGUGGUAAAGAAAGCAAUGAACUGGUUCGGAAAGAAUUUGAAACACUGUUUCAGUAUACCAUAGUAAUGCUAUUAGAAGAGAUGGUCUCCAUUUUCAUCACUCCUUACUUGCUCAUUUUUGAGGUACCAAAGGUAAUUGAUGACAUUCUGCACUUCAUCUCGGACUUCACAAUUUAUGUAGACGGUGUGGGAGAUGUAGGCAGUUUAAGCUUGUUUGACUUCAGAAGACACGGUAAUAGAAACUAUGGUUCUCCAUUUGAUGCACCUAAAAACCUGAGGAGCUCCCAAGGGAAAAUGGAGAAAUCAUUCUUAAGGUAAAUUAGACUUUCAAGUACUUCACACGCUUCUUACUAGCUUGGUGUACUUAAGUAGUUUCCCGCAAAAAAAGGUGUACUCAAGUAGUUAUUUUCCUGGAAGUAUGUGUAUCCAUUGUAAGCUGCCGCAUGGGAUAAGUUGAUCAGUUGUAAAUCCCCGGCGUUUGUAGCUUCCCCCGAUAUAGUGAAGAAGAUUUGUUGGUUGGCACCCGUGGUUUUUUCCCCUUCGUGUUGGAGGGGUUUUCCAUGUUAAAUCCUUGUGUCCCUGUGUUUGAUUUCGUCUUCAUCGUAUUCGAUUGCAUGUCGUAUCUCUAACAUGCGCCAUGAUUUUGAAGCAUGGCAUAUCGAAAAGCUGAUUCAACAUGUCAGUUGUCAGAGUUUAAAUGACGGAUGCAAAGAGCUGAAGCAUAAGUUUUAUUUUGGGAUGUUUCUCAAGACUUAAUGUCAUGUAUCUAGUUCAUUAGCCUGCAUGGUUCUUUUGCUAUUCAAGGAACCAGUAGUGAUGAUAUAAGGUCACAAAUAUUAGCCUUACCCAUGGGAGAAAAUGUUACCAAUAUGGAAAUGCCUGAAUCUCUAGCACAAUAGCUAGAUGAGAUGAAAUAUGAUACUGGGCAAUGAAUGAGUGGUAGAAAGAGUUCAAUAAUUGACCAUAAAUGUGCAUAGGUGCUGCUGUAUCCACUUGUCAUGCAAAGUAUGUUUGGAAUAAAA